GAAGAGGCUGAGCGUGGGGAAGGUGGGGAAGGAGUAGAAUUUCGGGUUCUCAGAAUGACUGCUCUGGUUUCAAUUGUCUCAAUUCUGACAGGUUGGGGUGGCCCUUGAGGACAUUGCCCUGUACUUCUCCAGGAAGGAAUGGAUGCUCCUUGAUGAGGGUCAGAGACGCCUGUACCUGAAUGUGAUGCAGGAGAACUUUGAACUUGUAUCCUCGCUGGGUUGCUGCUGUGGAGCAGAGGAUGUAGAGGCACCAACUGAACAGAAUGGUGAACAGAAUGGUUCUGUAAGAGUGUCACUGGCAAAGAAUCCCAAGGUAGCUUUUUUCCCUCAGAAGAGCCACCCCUGCAGGAGUUGUGGACCAGUCUUGAAAGAGAUUUUCCAGCUGACUGAACAGCAGGAAACACAGCACAGCCAGAUACUCUUGAGUUGUGGGGCAUGUGCAAAACAAUUUUAUUUCAGUGCAAAAUUUUACCAGCACCAGGAACAGCAUGUCAGAGAGAAGCCUCUCAGAGGUGUGGACAGAAUCUCACUCACUAAGGGAUGCAAUGUCAGUGUAUCACAGAAGCCGUUUACCUGCAGGGAGGUUGGGCAAGACAUGUUUACUGGGUCAGGACAUCUGCAACAACUGUCUGCUCACACCAGGGACAGGCAAAAUCAAAUCAUGGCAUCUGGGGUGACUUUUCAAAGAAGAAAUAAUAAUUACACCAGGAAAGAAUAUAAAAGAGCCAUUGGCUGCAUCCACACAGUUGUGCAGGAUAAGGGUGUUCAUACUGGAAAACAGUGUUUUGUGUGCCAUGAAUGUGGAAAAUAUUUUACUACUAGCAAUGGCCUCUGUCAUCAUCAGAGAUUUUGCACAAGAAAAAGGCCUUAUGAGUGCAGUGACUGUGGGAAAUCUUUUACCUAUAGCAGUGCCCUCCAUUAUCAUCAGAGAGUUCACACUGGAGAAAGGCCACAUGAGUGCAGUGAAUGUGGAAAAUCUUUUACCAGGAUCUAUUACCUUCGUUGUCAUCAGAGAGUUCACACUGGAGAAAGGCCUUAUGAUUGCAGUGACUGUGGGAAACCUUUUACCACUAUCGUUGGCCUUCGUAAUCAUCACAGAAUUCGCACAGGAGAAAGGCCUUAUGAGUGCAGUCAUUGUGGGAAAUUUUUUACCAGUAUCUAUCACCUUCGUUGUCAUCAGAGAGUUCACACUGGAGAAAGGCCUUAUAAAUGCAUUGAAUGUGGGAAAGCUUUUACCAGUAGCACUGGCCUCCGUUAUCAUCAGAGAUUUCACACAGGAGAAAGGCCUUAUAAAUGCAUUGAAUGUGGGAAAGCUUUUACCUGUAGCAGUGGCCUCCGUUCUCAUCAGAGAGUUCACACAGGAGAAAGGCCUUAUGCAUGCAAUGAAUGUGGGAGAGCUUUUGCUUGUAGCAGUGGCCUUCGUUAUCAUCAGAGAGUUCACGCUGGAGAAAGGCCUUUCAAGUGCAGUGAAUGUGGGAAAUCUUUUACCACUAGCAGUGGCCUCCAUAAUCAUCAGAGUGUUCACACUGGAGAAAGGCCUUAUAAGUGCAGUGAAUGUGGGAAAUCUUUUACCAGAAUCAGUUCCCUUCGUUUUCAUCAGAUAGUUCACACUGGAGAAAAGCCUUAUGAGUGCAGUCAAUGUGGGAAAUGUUUUACCAGAAUCAGUUCCCUUCUUUAUCAUCACAGAGUUCACACUGGAGAAAAGCCUUAUGCGUGCCCUGAAUGUGGAAAAUCUUUUACCGGCCGCACUGGCCUCCGUUAUCAUCAGAGAUUUCACACUGGAGAAAAGCCUUAUGAGUGCAAUAAAUGUGGGAAAUGUUUUACCAGUAGAGAGGGCCUUCUACAUCAUCAGAGAGCUUACACUGGAGAAAGGCCUUUUGAGUGCCGUGAAUGCAAGAAAUCUUUUACCAGUAGCAAUGGCCUUGUAUGUCAUCUGAGAGUUCACACUGGGGAAAGACCUUAUGAGUGCUGUGAAUGUGGGAAAUCUUUUUCUAGGAUCCAUAGCCUUCAUUAUCAUCAGAGAGUACACAAGACAAAGGACUUAGGAGUGUAGUUAAUGUGGAAAAUCUUUUAGCCAAACUUUUAACCUCCCUCCACAAGAGUUUGCGUGGGAAGGAGGUCUCAGAUUUGUAGGAAAUAUUCAGUAUUUAAGUUGUCUUUUUUUU